GAUUUGUUUACGUUGUGUGCCAUUAUCAGUUGCUCGCACCUCCAUCGUGGAUUUGGGUCUUGUAUAUAUUUAUCGCUGUGAUCUAGUUUAACACGAUAACUUCCUAAUAUCUUGCUAGUUUAUUAUGCAGACGGAUAGUGUAGAAAACAGAAAACAUGCUAGCCUGCUCGCCGAACCUAUCAACGCACAGAAGACGGGAGGGGACGAUAAAAUGGAGGAAAGCGCGAAAGUGAACGGCGUGAAAGGAGAGACUCGCACGCCAUUCGGAGAGAGUGUUAGAACAAACGAAACUAACAACAAACCAGAGAGUCCUCCUAUCCAAGUGAAUAAUGACAAAAAGACUGACAUGACUGUGGGUCAAAGUGACGACAACGAAUCCAAGUUCCAGAAAAUGACAGAUAAGGACGAAAAGAAGCAACUGAAUCCCAGUAACAUUAGUUCAUCAUCUUCAACCAGAAUCACCAAGUUUUCCUCUUAUAACUCUUUCACUCCUUCUAAACAGCCUCAACAAUAUCAACAGAGAACAACAUAUACAACAUGUAGGCGUAACAUGUCACCACAUGCACCAGCACUGUCCGGAUGGCAGAGUCAUCCAUCAUCGCCAGGCUGGCCACAGUUUGGUAUUACUACGCGUGCACCGCCACAAAGAUACACAUCACCACAUCAACCAACGGCGCAUACUUUCGGUGCUCAAACGACAUAUAAUCCAGCCCGCAAUAUGCCGCCUCCAAGUCCAAGCGCUGGCAGCAGUGGAUCAGGGUCUCAGCAGUCCAUCGGAGAACAACUUAGUAAAACAAAUCUUUAUAUUAGACGACUUCCUCCAAACACAACAGAUCAGGACUUACAGAAUAUGUGUUUACCGUAUGGAAAGAUAGUAUCAGUGAAAGCAAUAUUGGAUAAAAGCACCAAUAAAUGCAAAGGAUAUGGGUUUGUUGAUUUUGAUUCUCAUGGAGCGGCUCAAAAAGCAGUGCAAGCAUUGCAACAACAAGGCAUUGAAGCCCAAAUGGCAAAGCAACAAGAGCAAGAUCCAACCAAUUUGUACUUAUCUAAUCUGCCCAUACACAUGGAUGAGAAAGAUUUAGAAAGUUUACUGUCACCAUAUGGUCAAGUUAUAAGUACCCGAAUAUUACGAGAUUGUCAAACAAAUAUGAGUAGGGGGGUAGGGUUUGCAAGAAUGGAAUCCAAAGAAAAAUGUGAACAUAUUAUAACGAAGUUUAAUGGAAAUUAUUUACCAGGGCAAUUAGAACCAUUGCUAUGUAAAUUUGCUGAUGGAGGAGUUAAAAAGAGGAACCAAUAUAAUAAACAGCAACAAGAAAUGCGACAGUGGCAGAGAGAUGGGGAGACUGCUGUUGCCUUAUAUGACCAAAGUCCCCUGCCCCAAAAUGGGUAUCAAUUUCAUUCUAGCAUACAGUCUAACAGAGUAGUACAUCCUAGUCAAAUAAUGCCGGCAACUUCAUAUGCAAUGCCAACAUCACCAGUCAAUAGUUAUCCUGUCCAUAGUAAUAGUGGUGGUGGUUGGCCGUUACACGCCCAGUAUGUUAUGCAGUCACAUGGUGUCAUGUCUCCUAGUAUAAUGACAUCACAAGUUGAUCCAGGCAUGACAAUGCAUACCAACAUGAUGCCUCAGCUAACCAAUCAGAUGAAUCAGUUACAGCUAUCUGGAGGAUCCCCGGUUUAUGGAAUGCAGCCUUCAAACCAUUACCAAAUGGCACCUCAGUAUCAACAACAUAUUAUACAGACGGUUCCAUUAGAGGACCACAGUGCACAACAGAAUGUUUCUGGUGCAGCGUCAGCAAGCAGCACAACAGCAGGAAGCACAGCCUCAGUCGAUGAACAACAAAGUCAAGCACAACAGCAAUAUUAUACAACACAUCAAACAAAAUAAAGGGGAAAUGAAAUGCGGGAGACAUAUCUGAGGCUGAUGAGGAUCCAUCUGAAAUUAUGAAGUCAGGAAAAAACCUUAUAAGCAUUAGUAAAAAAAAAAUGGUACUUUUAUUUUUGCUGCAAAAAAUGUUCAAUUGUUCAAAAACCGAUUUUACAAAGAUUGAUAGGAGAAAAAUACCAUAGUAUAUUUUCUUAUAUGAAAAGAGCUAUUUUUGAGGUAAUCCAACGAGAAUUAAAAAAUUAUAAAAUGUAAAGAAAGUGCAUAUGAUGAGUUAUAAAAAAAAAUAGUUUUUUGACGUUUUCUGUGAAAAAAAGAACUUUAUUGUUUAUUGAAAUUAGGGUAAAGAUUUUUAUCAUUUUUUUUGUGCUGGGGUUAGAAUCAUUAUGGUAGUAAUGGUGUUUUGUGUUACUGUAUUUGACUGCAAGACUUGCCUGGAUUGACCAAAAUGACUUGUGAAAUGUUUGUUGUUUGUAUGGAAAACAGGUGAAAUUUAGCUUGGUCGUGAAAGAUUAGCAUAGCGUUAAUGUCUUCCAAAUUUCUGUAGAACUACAGUUAGUCAGUAUUCCAAGUGCUUGCAAUUUUUUAGCAUCUUUUUAGGCUUAGAGCAAGUGGAAAUGCAUCUGAUCUCAUUGUGAAUAAUGUUUCUUAUUUUUGUUGUUUUGUCAGAGAAAAUUUGUUGUUUGAAAAUGAAAUUUUUCAGUUUUUAAAAGCACAGUUGUGUUGUAUGUUGAAUGUGAAAUUUUUAAUAGUUUUAGUGGGGUAAAACAUUAGUUUUAUCAUUUUAAUGGGAAGAAGCGGUAGCUAUUUUUAAUUUUUUUUUCAAAUGUCUCUUCAUUGGUGUAGACUUAACCAUGAGGACAAAAUGUUGGAUUUAGAAGUUUUUUUUUUAAAUAAGAGGAAGAAGUCUUUUGAACUUGUGCAUCGAUAUUUCAUGUUUUUGUUUAGCAAAGUUAAUCCACAUUUUGUGUUUUGUACAAAUAUAUCAGUUCAUAUAUGUGUUUUGUUUGUAGCCCACUGCUUAUUAUAUUGCAUACAUUACAUAUUUAUAUGUUAACUGUAAAUACGAUGUUAGUCACUCAGUGUUUGCUGCAAUCCAUUGUAGCUUUUAUCAAUUGCUGUAUUUUAUAUGAAAGUCUAAACCCACCACAACCCUACCCAUGUAUCAUCGCCAGGUGUUGGUUUCCAAUUGAUAAUGCAGUCACAUGACACAAGAUAGUUGAUCAGGUGAUUCACUUCCUAUUGGAAAUUAUGUGACUGACCAAUUUUAUUGUCUGCAUGAAAAAGUCAGUUGAUGUGUCACUUGUUCACUUUUUCUGAUUAAGACAAGUAUUAUUGAUAAUACCGUCUAUACUGGUGACCAAGUAUUAUUGAUAAUACCGUCUAUACUGGUGACUUCCCCUUAAUGUAUUCAGCUAUGUCCGUGUAAUCUGGCUUGCAUCUUAGUUUCAUGGGGAGUGAUCACAUUUAUUGUUUAGUAAACAAAUAGCCUAGCAACCAAUUAUAGACCGUUCAUUUACAAACUAAUAUCAGAAAUCGGCAAAAACAGUUUCCUUGAUUGUUUGGGAGGGGAAAAGGGGGGGGGUGCAGUCUCUGCAGAUAAACCUGACACGGGUUGCAAUUGGUAAUAGUGUGUGUUCUUUUAGAGUUGUUAUAACAGUUGCCAAGUCUCAAAAAUUAUUGCCAUAAGCAUGGCUAACAAUCCUUUUUCGUUUUAAAUUUUGAAUCUCAUAAAAAGUGUAAGGCAAAGAUAAACUGUAAUCAAUUUAUAUAUUUUUGAUUUGUGUUGUGAUGUUGGUUACUGUACAUACCUAUAUACUCAAUAAUUAAGUUGCCAGUCAGUUUAACAUAAAUUAAAAAGAAACUGCUGGCCAUUUGGAAUGAUUUUCUGAUUGAUAAUUGGAGGUGUGAUAGUGUGUUAGUUGUCAGUGUCAGGAAAUUUGUGUACAACAUGAAUUGAACUGAGCAAAGAGAUCAAUACAUAGGCUGCUCUGUGCUGCUGCAAAUUUCAUAUUGUCUAUCUGGCACUAUUGUUAUUUUACAGAAAUAUAUUUAUCUAUUAAAUGUUUAUUUCCACAAGAUUGAUUUGUUUAUCUAAAGUUUGCUAUUUUAUUACUACCUUGCCCAUUUUGAGUAUUUACAGCCGAGCAUUUGAAUGCUCAUAACAAUUAAUUUAAAAGCAGAUACGUAAUAAAUUUUAGUUUGCUUUGAUUUGCAUAUCUGAAAAUUGGGUGUUUUAAACCAGCAGCAGUAAAGGCGACAACUACAAAUCUAAGCGACACAGAGCAGCCAUUAUAGAUAGAAAUGAUUGUAUGUGCUGAGUGUGUGAAGUUAAAAAAAAAAGAAAGCUUUCUAUAAUUUAUUGAAGAGAUGGUAUUUUGAACAGAGAGUAAUUUAUUUUUUCACCAAUGUACAGAUUUGACCACGAUAUGAGGUAUCAUGCAUAAGUUCAUAGUUAUUUUUUAAAAAAAGACAUGUAUAUUAAUGGGGAAGAAUCUAUUUCAAUUUUUUUUUCAUUAUUUUUUUUUCUAUUUUUUUUUCUUUAAUAAAAGAGAAGUAGUGUAGACGUAGCUUGAGACUUAGUAGUAGUUAUUUUGUAGUUCAAGAUUUUAGGGAAAAAUAAAUUGAUACAAAUCAGA